GCGCGAGCUGCGUUUAAACCCAACCUCCGGAUUCACUCGGGUCCGAACACCGCGGUUUCAGCUGCUCACUGAUUUCUUCUGUAAGGCCCCAAUUGGGGACAUGCCGCUUCCAUUGCUCUAACAUCUAUAGUGCCUCUGCUCUAUCUUGACUCUUUGAAGAUGAGUUAGAUUGGUCACGGUUCACCUCUGCUUCAUGAGCCAGCAGGAUGCGGCAUCGGUACGUGCACUCUCUGAGCGUCUCCUGGUAGCGUCGCACAAGGGCCAGGCUGAAAAUGUGGUGCAGCUGAUCAACAAGGGCGCCAAAGUUGCCGUCACCAAGUAUGGCCGGACUCCACUGCAUUUGGCCGCCUAUAAGAACCACAUCGAGGUGGUGAAGAUCCUUUUGAGAGCCGGCUGCGAUCUGGACAUUCAGGAUGACGGCGAUCAGACAGCAUUACACAGAGCAGCUGUGGUGGGAAACAGUGAUGUCAUCACAGCGCUCAUUCAGGAAGGGUGUGCACUGGACAGGCAAGACAAGGAUGGAAACACGGCGCUGCACGAGGUUUCGUGGCAUGGCUUCAGUCAGUCUGUCAAACUAUUGGUUAAAGCCGGGGCUAACAUCCAUGCAAGAAACAAGGCAGGGAACACGGCUCUACACUUGGCGUGCCAGAACGGUCACGCUCAGAGCACUAAAGUUCUGCUGCUGGGAGGCGCUCGUCCCGACAGCAAAAACAAUGUAGGUGACACGUGCCUGCAUGUCUCCGCCCGCUACAACCACGUGUGUGUUAUCCGCAUUCUGCUGGGCGCUUUCUGUUCCGUGGCUGAGAGGAAUCAGGCAGGAGAUACGGCCCUGCAUGUAACAGCUAUGCUAAAUCAUAAGAAGACGGCACGUCUGCUGCUCGAAGCUGGAGCCGAUAGCAACGUCCAGAACAAUGCAGGAGAGACUGCACUGGACCAGGCCAGAGAGAACAACAACCCUGAAGUAGCACUGCUGCUGACCAAAGCACCACAGAUUCAGAGCUUCACUCGUGGGAGAAGCGUGAGGAAAAGGAGGGAAAAGUUGAGAGCUGAAGGACGAGCACAGUCAGUCCCACGCGAUGACAUGCUGCCGAGUAAGGGAAGCGUAUCUGCAGCGGAAGAAACUCCCAGCAGUGAUCGUUCUGCGCAGAGACACGGGAACUGCAGGAACGGGUCACCACGUGGCAAUCGGCAAAGAAAAAGCUGCGACCGGAGCCGCAGCGGAGUCAAAGAAAAGCCUUCCCUGUCAGACCCUCUAUCCAGCAGGGAGAAUAAGUGUAAAGAGCAGAGAAAGAGGAGUAAAACGAGAGCUUCACCUCCUCGAGCUGUUCCUCCUCCGCACAGCUACAAGGCUUAUCAGCUGUACACACUGUACAGGGACAAAGACGGCAAGGUCAUGCAGGCUCCUCUGAACGGCUGCAGGUGUGAGCCGCUUAUCAGCAAACUGGAGAACCAGCUGGAGGCCACCAAAGAGGAGAUGAAGUCUGAGAUCCAUACAGUCCAGGAGCUUAUGAAUAACAAGAUGGGACAGCUGGACCGCAAGAACAAACACCAGAUCCGAGCUCUGGAUAAGAUGACGGUAGAGAGAGUGUCCGCUGAAAGGAUGGAGUGUUUACGUCGCAUCGAUGAGAGGACAAAACAGGAGCGUCUGGAGGGCGAAAAGAGACAGUCCUCGAUGGUGAGUGAACUGAAGAACUGGUGCAUGUCUAAGCUCCAGAAAAUGGAGGUACGUCUGAUAGCAGAUGCACGCUGUGCCCCUUUGCGCCGCUCCUCCUCGCUAGACGGGUGUGUAACGCUGCAGGGUGACACGGUGGGUCCGUCUGCAAGCAGCGCCCACUGCCUGGUACCCAGCGACCCACUCGAGCCUGACGAGGGACGAGGGGGAGAGGGAGGGGCUACCGGAGAAGAGGACAUGUUGGAUAAUCACUACUUUGUGGUGCAGAUGGACAGCUCUUCAGAUGGCAAACAGAACACCCAAGAGACAUUCUUCCCCAUGGCUCAGGAUAAAUCCGCACCGUCGUCUCCUCUCGUAGUACGACCAAAAGAGCGCACGCUGUUCUCCACUGACCCCUACAGGCCAGACAAAGAACUACACGAGGCCUCGAAUUCAGGCCAAUCCAAAAGCUUCUCGCCAUCCACAGAGCGCCAUAGCAGCGGCCAAAAGGACCACAAGCACAGCAGGCGUUCUAAAAGCAAGCACCGUAAAAGGCAUUUUGAAGGGACGACUGAGGACCAAGAUGGAACUAAGGCCCAAGAAGAGAGCUUUGCUCAGGAAAGGGCUAACACGCAUGCGCUGGAGGUGACCCAGUGCUUCUUCGAGGCAAUGUCCACGCAGAUGGAGCGUUGGUACGAGCGCAAGGUCCAGGAGGCGAGCUGGCAGGCUGAGCGGCGAGCACGGGCUGAUCGUACCACUCUGCUGGAGAGGAUCAGCUGCCUGGAAGACGAACUAAGGCUCCUCAGAACCAGCAGACAAGAGGACAGCUAGCACACGGAAACAGCGGCUUGGUUACAUAUAUGAAGAAGGUGGUAUGAGGAGCGGAUGACUGAGAUCAAAAUCUGUAAAACUGAACAUUUUGUCGAUGAAGGUUUUCAGUCAUCCAAAUCAUUUCAGAUAAAUAGAAAGAGAUAGUGGGAGUACGUCAAGGCGACUGGACUUGGAGUUUUAAAUAUUGGCUAAAUAAAAAAAUAAGCUAAAUUGGUCUCAGGCACCAUCAGUUUGAACGAUUAUAGAAAUGUUUCAGAUUGUAACACAAGUCCAACCCCCUUGACCAUCUCUCUUUAUAUACAGUGCCUUGCAAAAGUAUUCAUCCCCCUUGGUGUUUGUCCUGUUUUGUCAUGUUACAAGCU